UUCGCUCAGCGCGCCACAUAAACAAAGGCACAUUGCAACUUCAGCUCAGCGCAUCCCCUCCGUUACUAACGCCGACAACGUAACAGUGGAGCUGACAGAACCACGGAGUACUUUUUGCUUCUUAGCUAAGAGGAAAAUAACACAAAUAAUAUUUUUGAAUGAAAAAUCAACUUUUUGCGACUACAAAAUCAACUUUCAUUCAAACACUAUUUUCGUUUUCCACAAAAUUCUUCUGGAUAUGGACAAGGAAUAAUUAGGGCUUUAAAACAUAUGUAAAGACGGAAUCUCAACAGAAAACUAACACCGGUUCGGAAGAGCGCCUGCAGCCCAGGUCUGAGUCCCGGUUACCGGAUACCUCACCCGCCGCGUGUGCUGAAGCAGCCUCGAACCCCAGACGCGUGCAGCCUUCACCCGAGAAACCAACCACAAUUCAGCGAGCAAAAGGCCAAACAGAUCUAUGGCACUCUGACAAUGAACAAGCGAUCACAGUUUUUGGAACAGCUGCAUUUUGUCCAUCUAAAAUGCACACCUCGAGACAUGCCCUGUGUUCAGGCCCAGUACGGCCCUGCACCUCAUGGGUCCAGCUACUCCGCCCAGUCCUUUGGUUACCAUGGUGACUACAGCGCUGACCUCAUGGCGACAGACUACACGAAGUGUGAGCUCAGUGGGGGCGAGAUCUCCGCAGCGGCCGCCACCACUUCCCUCCCCAGUUUUAACGUGUUUGUUGAGGGGGGUCUUGAGCCCAAACCCUCCUGCCUCUAUCAACUCCCUCCCCAACGGCCUAUCAUCAAGAAGGAGCCUUAUUUACCCAUGGGAGCAACUGAUGAGGGAAUAGCUGGAAACUCCAUGUACUUUAAGCAGUCGCCCCCUUCGACACCCCCCACGCCACUUCACUCUGGCCCAUCCAGCAGCUCUUUCUUGUGGGACGAACACAGUCUUCCCCCUGUACCCCAGCCGUGCCUGAUUGAAGGCCCGCUGAAGUCCCCUCGCUUCCCUCAUUUCUACGAGCAGACGGUGCCGCCCUCCACCAGCGGCUAUGACCCUGCCAUCGGCCUUCCGCUGCGGCCCGAAUGCUCUCCUUCGUCAUCCUCUUCAUCUUCACACGUGCCACCCAGCCUGGACACGCACUCACACACGCACUCUCAUACACACUCACACCUGUACCCACUGAACAUGGGUAAGCCAGGUAGCAUGGCCUUUCGCACUCUGGGCAUGGGCCCGUGCCCGUCACUCCUGGGGGAGAGUUUGCCAUCAUCCCCAAGUCGUACCAGCUCUGGAGAGGGUACCUGUGCAGUGUGCGGAGACAACGCAGCCUGCCAGCAUUACGGUGUGCGCACUUGUGAGGGAUGCAAAGGCUUCUUUAAGAGGACGGUGCAGAAGAAUGCAAAGUACGUGUGUUUGGCCAGUAAAAACUGCCCCGUGGACAAAAGGAGAAGAAAUCGCUGCCAGUACUGCCGUUUCCAAAAAUGCCUCAGCGUAGGCAUGGUGAAAGAAGUUGUACGCACAGACAACCUUAAGGGGAGGAGAGGUCGCCUUCCGUCCAAACCAAAAAGUCCACUUCAGCCCGAGCCCUCACCCCCAUCACCUCCACAUAACCUAUUAAAUGCACUAGUCCAGGCAUACUCCCAGUCUACACCACGAGAACCAGACUAUAGUCAGUUCAGUACGGUGGAGCCGGUGGGAUCGUCUGAGUCUCAGCAGAUCCAGAUGUUCUACAGAGUGCUAACUGGCUCAAUGGAGGUGACACGACGCUGGGCCGAACGUCUGCCUGGUUUCUCUGAGCUUCACCGUGAUGACCAGAACCUGCUCAUCGACUCGGCUUUUCUUGAGCUAUUCGUGCUUCGACUUGCCAACAGGUCAAUGCUGGCAGAAGAGAAGUUUGUGUUUUGUACAGGCCUUGUCCUGCAUCGGCUGCAGUGUCUGCGUGGCUUCGGCGAGUGGCUGGACUCCAUCCGGGACUUCAGUGCUCACCUGCAGAGUCUCAACCUAGACAUGCCGGCUUUCUCCUGUUUGUGCGCGCUAGUGCUGCUCACAGAACAGUGUCCGGGUCUAAAGGAGCCCAAGAAAGUGGAGGAACUGCAAUCCAAACUCAUCUGCUGCCUGCGAGAUCAUCUAAGCUCGGUCGGGGCAGGAGGCGCGGCCUCUUCCGGCAAGGCCACACCCUCCCUCGGAGCUGUGCUCGGCUUAAGGUCAGAGCUUCGAUCUCAACGUACACAAGGCCUACAGAGGAUCUUCUACUUGAAGCUUGAAGACCUGGUGCCGCCACCGCUGCUCAUCGAUAGGUUUCUGGACACUUUGCCCUAUUGAUGAACACUCCCACUUUUUAUCGCCACUGACACGCCCACAAGCUCACUCAGACACGGCCACAGCGGCUAUAAACUCGUACUGUGGGGACAGAGCCGGUAGCAUACAGUGACACUGAAUUCAAUUCCCACGAGUCCCCAGAUCCUGACAGGAUAGGACUCCACAGUGUCUAAGGAGAAAGAAAACAAACCAAUCAUAUAAGCGCUUUUAUUCUCUGCUCUGCGCCUGCUAGUGUAGAUAUGGGACAGGGAUGGAGCGUGUUUGUAUGACUGACAUAACGCUCAUCGGGAAGAGCUCACGGCUGCUGUGAACAAUGCCUGCAGCUCAGCGUUUUACGUCAGUAUUACUGGUGCGAGAGUGUGUGUGUACGUGUGACAGUCCGAAAGUUCCACCACAAUCCACCUCAACGGCAACAGUUUUAACACACAAGUGCACGCAAAAAUCGUCCUUUCACACAUGCACAUGGAUCUAAAAGUCAGCUUCGGAUGCCAGAUUAUGACAUAUCAACUGUCACUGGAAGAAACGAAGUGGAUGUGUGUGCGAAAACACGUAGGAGUGUUUCUGAGGGAGGCUAUCGACACAAACAAAACGACAGAGUGCAUUAAUGUCCAGAAUCACAGUUGAUCACACCCCAAAAACCUGCAAACAAGUGCAAUUUACUAAGUGCUAUUGUAAACAAAGAGAGAAUGAGUGUGUUGUGUUUGUGUGUUUGCAUGUGUGUGUGUGUGUGUGUGUGUGUGUGUUCCAGUCCUAUUUCAAACUCUAAAUUAUUUUAAUACUAAGACUCGCCUUUUAAGGUAAAGGUUUCAAAUUGAGUUAAUUUAGCACAGUGUGCGCACUAACUUUUUAAUGACGAAGUUCCACAAACUUGAAAUAACUAGGUUUUUUUUUCAUUAUUAAAAAACGAGGAAUUUAAUGGUUAGGAUAACGGACUUAAAUAUUAGAAGUAGAAUUGGGCUUCAAGCACUUAACAGGAAGAAGAUGAUAAGAGAAGAGACGGGUGCAGAGAGAGGACGUUAUGGAUGGAAUGAAACAUUCCGCGUUCAUGCUCAUUUUUGUAUGUUUGUAAUGUCUACCCCAUUUAUUCAUAUAUGAAGGACAUUGUUGCAAAAAUGUCCUUUGUAUGUAAAAAAAGUAAAAAAGGAUGAUAUGCAUGGUUUUCUCCUUGCCUCUGCUGUAUUUAUUUUGCAAAGACUGCUGGCUCUACAAGGGCUUGAACACACUUACUGACCGGGCGUAAUCGCUUACUUUACCAUACGGCAGCAGUUUGAACAGAUGAGAAAAGUACAAAUUAUAUAAAUAUAUAUAAAUAUAUAUAUAUACACACAAUACAGAACUAAUAUUUUGAAGUGUUUUUAUCUGAUAGCUUUUUCAAAUCUUGUGGUACAAGUUGUGCAUUGUUUUUUGGAAAAGAAACAUAAAAAAAGAGAAAAAAAACAUGUUUUUCAACGUCUCUUGGUUUUAGUUUUGUUUUUUCUUUUUGGUUCACUGGAGACUCUGUUCAGCACUUUGAAAUCAUAAAAAAACUUCUGAUUA